CUCACGGCAGUCGGCAGGACAUAUUCAAAUAUGGAAGGUUGUCCUGCCGAUGGGCUGAUACCUAAGUACUGCGGCUCACAUCCCAGACAACGACAAGCGCAUCUUUCUUGUUAAAAAACGCGAUGAAGAGCCCUAUACUAGCUAUCAUCGCCUUGUGGGCAUCGUGGGUGCAUGCUCAGACAUUGACUACCACCAAUAUCGCUGGUGCUACAGUUGUGGAAGUUGUUACAACAAACCCCGUUAACGGUCUUGCUACAACACAAACACUUAGGCAGACCAUUACUACGAAUACCCUCUCAACUACUACUAGCACUACUACUCCUGGGACACUCCAAACCAUAGCGACUACUUCCACCACACCGAAUCAAGGUCCUGUAGGACAACCCGGAACAACAGUUCUAACACCAGGGGGACCUACCCCAUAUACUUACACCACAACGAAUGCAGCUGGCUCUACAGUCGCCGUGCUAGCAACCUUUACACCUACAGGACCUGCCACUGUAUUACCAACCCCAUCAACCACCGGCACAAUCCUCAACUACUCAUCGUAUCUGGCUUCAGUCGGUACGAGCGCGGCAGCAACAUCUAGUGCAACCCGCCGGGUAUUCUCAGUCUCCAGCGGUUGGUAUGGACUGGUAGCAAGCACGAUGCUGGGCAUCGGCGGUGGUGCAUACUUCAUAAUAUUAUAAGGCGCACGUUUUAUACCUAUGUGAGUCGAAGGACAACCGAUAGGACAGUCGAGUAGAUGGACUCUUGAUGUGUGAUUGGGCACAUCGCUGUGUCGCCCUACAUAGACACUCGUUACAUGUUAUCUCUGGUUACUUUAGUUACCCUGGAGUCUGUUGUCCCCUUCGUCUGUCGACAACAGUACUUAUUUAGCUUGAUACCAUUGUUUGGACCCUUGAAAUGUCAAAUGAAAACUUUGUCUAGUAGUA